AUGCUAUCCUUGUGCCUUUACGUCCCCGUGUCCAACUCCGACCCGGUUGAAGUUGACUACUUCGAGUCGAACGGACUUCCGACCGAACUCAAUUCGCUCUUCAACAAGCUGAGCGUGUUCCUUCCCUCUCAGGAAUUUUCCACCUAUCAAAGAUGGCGAAAAAAAAGUCUAAAGAGGGAACCAAACAUGUCCGACGACCAGCUGGACUUUGAGGAGUUGGUGCACUACCUGCAAGAUUAUGAGAAAGACCUGAAAUUGGUGGUCAAAAGUCUGGACAAGAAGAACGCAGGGCGAAUUGACAGCAAGGAGUUCAUCCAGGCUCUCCAGGACAUUGGUGUGCACAUUUCUCACCAUCUCGCCGAGAAAGCCCUCAAGAGCAUGGGCAAGAACGGUAUCAUAACCAUCAACAGUAAAGAAUGGAGCAAGUACCCUACGGUGGAGGAGGAGAGCAUUCCCGAGAUCAUCCUAUACUGGAAGCACUCCACGAUCUUCGACGUUGGUGAGAACCUGAUGGUCCCCGACGACUUCACCGCCGAGGAGAAGCAGAGUGGCAUGUGGUGGCGCCACCUGGUGGCGGGCGGUGGAGCUGGCGCCGUCUCCCGUACGUGCACGGCGCCUCUGGACCGCGUCAAAGUCAUGAUGCAGGUGUACGGUUCCCGAAGCAACAAUAUGUGUAUCAUGAGCGGCCUAAUGCAGAUGAUCAAAGAAGGUGGCGUGCGCUCGCUCUGGCGAGGCAACGGUGUCAACAUCAUCAAGAUCGCGCCCGAGUCGGCCCUAAAGUUCAUGGCAUACGAGCAGAUUAAACGCGUGAUCGGCGGCGACAAGUUGACACUGAACAUCUCGGAACGCUUCGUGGCCGGGUCGUUGGCGGGAGUCAUUGCGCAAAGCGCCAUCUACCCUAUGGAAGUGCUGAAAACCAGACUGGCUUUGAGAAAGACUGGCCAAUACGCCGGAAUAUCCGACUGUGCCAAGCAGAUUUUCCGCAGAGAAGGAGUGGCAGCCUUCUACAAGGGUUACGUGCCCAACAUGCUAGGCAUUAUCCCCUAUGCCGGCAUUGAUUUGGCAGUGUACGAGACUCUGAAAAACGGCUACCUGCAGCAGUACGGCGCCGGCGGUGACCCCGGCGUACUGGUGCUGUUGGCGUGCGGCACGGUGUCUAGCACCUGUGGCCAGCUCGCUAGCUACCCACUCGCUCUGAUCAGGACACGCAUGCAAGCACAAGCCGCAACGGGCAGUGGCCAGCAGGCGAGCAUGACGGCGCUCUUCCGUCAGAUCCUGCAGGCCGAGGGUCCGACGGGCCUCUACCGGGGCCUGGCACCCAACUUCCUGAAGGUCAUCCCAGCCGUCAGCAUCAGCUACGUCGUGUACGAGCACAUAAAGACGCAGCUGGGCGUCACCUCGCGUUGA